GUACCAACUGCUGCACUGAGAACCCACCCAAACACGGGGAGAACUCGUCGUCCUGCAUUGAACCAUCUUUGAGCCGAUUGUGGUGCUAAGCUAUUUUCUGACACAGAAGACAGUAGCAUAACUUAGAGAAGCUACUUAGUGGCUGUAGGCGGAUCAGGCGGGCUCCCUGCCACGCCUCGUAACCCCUGACGAGACCACGGCAGGCGCACAGCUGCACAAUCAGCCACUGACCGGUUUGGUGGUCUGGUCGAAGCCCCUUGGCCCCUGGCAGUGGAUUCCUUGCCUGCCCGGCGCGGCCUGCGCAGCCCAGAAGCUUCUGCGCCACAUGCCGCUCCCACCGCCAGUGCGGCCGCGGCGGUUAUGGUACCUGGUACCUGGUGCGGUGCCGUGGUGCGCGGCACUGCUGCCGCUGCUGCUGCCGGCUCUGCUGCUGCGCCGCGAGGGUGGCAUCGGUGUGGGCGCCACGUUCAACUUUGAGGGGCUGGACUCGGACUACUACCGGCGCAGCGCCCUGCGGCCGGAGCUGGACUGGCACUGGGGCGAGGCGUUCAGGGGCAUCGCGGUGCACAACCAGCCGCUGACGUCGCUUCUGGGCGACCUGUUGGGCACCUACAAUUACACGUUGCCGCGACUGGCGCUGGGCAGGGGGCUGGCCUACGUGGGCGGCGCGGCGCGGCUGCGGCGGGUGGUGCGGCACCUGCUCAGCCGCCAGAGCCCGCCGCGCAGCGUCAAGGUCGGCCUCAUAGGCGGCAGCAUCUCGUGGGGCCAGGCGGUGCGGUGGCGCGGCGAGGCCGACUGGUUCUCGACCCUGUCCAGAUACAUGCUGGCGGCGUUCCCCGCCGCCAACAUCACCACCCGCAACGGCUGCACCCCGGGCGUUCCGGCCAACUACAUGAUUCUGUGCCUGGAACAGAGUGUGGACCCGGAUGUGGAGCUUGUGUUUGUCGAGUUCACGGUGAACAACGGCCACGACGCCACCAACGCGCUGUACGGCAACUCCAUAGUGCUGGACAUGGAGCGCCUGGUGCGCCGCAUACUGCAGCUGCCGGGACAGCCGGCGGUGGUGCUCAUGCACGUGCCCACUCAGGGCAUGGCUCAGUACCCGCCCGGCCACCCCAAGAACCCCAAACACGAGAUGUACAGGCCCUACUACCAGACCACGGAGGACGCGCUCACCGUGGUCCACUCCUACUAUGACGUCCAAUCGCUGUCGCUGCGCAACGCGCUGUACAGCCUGGCGGUCGCGGAGAGGGACGGAUUCAAGUGGGAGCAGGCCUUCGUGGACCACCACCCCGGCAACCAGGGCCACAAGCUGAUGGCUGACCUGGCCGUGUACCUGCUGCAGAGCACCGCGCUGCAGCUGGUGGCGCACCUGCCCUACGGCAGGGAGGACGCAGAGGCGGUGGCGGCGCCGCUGCCGCAGCCCAUCUACCCGGGCAACGUGGCGCCCAACACGUCCAUGUGCCUGCUGGGAGACCGCUUCAGGGAGUUGGUUGUUCCGGAGUCCACUUCCGGCUUCGCCUACCUGAACGAGGGCACUGUCGAGAAGCCCAAGCCCGGCUACGUGGCCAACACCACCGGCGCCGUGCUCCGGCUCCGGCUCAACACCCACCGGGAGGGACUGGGGCUGGCGGGGCCGCAGCAGCCGGCAGCCGGUGCCAAGCAGCCGGAGACCGACAAGCAGCCCGUGCAGAUUUUCUUCCACCACCUGCGCAGCUAUGAGCACAUGGGGGUGGCGCUGUUCAGCUGCGUGUCGGGCUGCGCCUGCGCCCCCACGGAGGUGGACGGCCACCAUGCCGAAAAGGUGUCGCAGCUGUACAUGGUGGUACUGGAAGUCAGCCAGGCAACCGCCUGCGACAUCGAGAUAAAGGUGCUGGAGCGCACAAGCAGCGGCGAGCAUAAGUUCAAGGUGUCGGGCGCGGUCAUUGCUGAGCGCGCGGGCCGUGAUGCCUGGUGGAACAACGCGCUGAUGGGCGCCAAGAAGGAGGCCGUGUUCGGCAUUCGGGAGCACAACGGCGACGUCAUGCAGAUCACCUACACCAAGGCCGGCAAGGUCGGCGGCAAUGACGCCUGGGCGUGACAGGGCGGUGGGUUGAUACGCCAUACCACAGGCAGAUGGCAACUCGGCAAGUAUGGCAUGCGGUAGACAAUGGCGGCUGGGGACACGCGGGCAUGCAGUUAAGGUGAUUGCCUGACAUGUGGCACGUUCAAAUGUUUACGUGUACUGGUAUCAGGGGAUGGUUGGGGUUCGCACGUUCAACUGCUGAUGUAGCGAACGUUGCUCAGAAGUGAGAGCGCCCAGCCACGCGGCAACGCCGGCGCUGAUGGUGCAUGCUGAAGGAGGGGCGUAGGUGGAGCAGCUCAACACUGAUGAGCGCGGAUGUGAGAACCGACAGAGACGGAGUAAUGUCACCAAAAACGUACAUGUUGAGCUAUGGCACCAAGCAAGCACAUGCCACUUCAAUUCUUCCCAGAGCAACGCGUUGGUUCAGCACUUCCAUUUAGCAUAGU